AUGGAGUCCAUCAAUGCCCGGUCCAUCGCUCAACCUCCUCCCCCAACAUUGAUUGUCGACGACACCGACGCCCCUACUUUGGCCCCUACCGGUCGCCUGCCUCGCGAGCAGCUUCACCUUGAUUCUCCCGCCUCGAGUAUGCUGUCUCCGUCGUCCGCCAUGUCCAGCGACGGUGACGCCGGGGAGGCGGCCUCGGCCCCUGAACCUACGAACCCUUUCAACUUCACGACACAGGCCAUUUCUUCGUCCCCGGUCAAGUCUAACAUUGGCCAACGCCGCGGCCACAGAUACAAGCACAGCAGCAUCUCAGCCCAGCACCAAAUCUUCCAAGAACCACCCCAGAGACCACCGCCCGUCCUCCCCGCCUCGCUGCCCAUACCCACAGUCGCCGAGGCGUGGAAGAGCAUGCACCGGGACCAGCGCACCCGGCUCUACUGGAGCUUGUGCCACCUGGCCGUCGCCGUCUUCAUCUUCUUCAGGUCCCACGCCUCCCUCGCCGCCAUGGCUCUGUCGCACCUCGUCUUCUUCGACGCCGGGAGCGCCGCCGUUUGCGCCGCCGUUGACGUGCUCGGCAACUUCGAGGUCUGGAGGCGGAGCAGCAUCCGGCACCCCUUUGGGCUUGAGAGGGCAGAGGUGCUCGUGGGCUUCGCCCUGUCCAUCUUCCUUCUCUUUGGAGGCUUCGACCUCGUCUCUCAUAACCUCAAGCACUUUCUCGAAACGUUGGGCAAUCACGAGGCCCACCAUCACCAUGCCCAUGCCCACGCCACCCCUGGAUCCGUCGGCCUGGUCGCCGCCAUCGCCAUUGCGAGCACCCUCGUCUCAGCCUACGGCCUGAAGAAUCAUGCCCGCAUCGCAAAGGUCAUGAGGGUUUCGUACUUGGCCGCGCUGCCCAGCGUCUUGUCCAACCCCUUCCACUUCCUGACCCUCUUCUUCUCGGCAUUGGUUGCUGUGCUGCCCUUGCUAUCCAUCUCACUCUAUGCCUGGCUCGACCGGCUCAUAUGCGCCAUCAUUGCCCUGGCCAUGUUCGGCCUCGGGAUCCGCGUGGCGGUUGCCCAGGGCCUCAUGCUCCUCAUGUCGUACGGAGGCAGUAGCGGCAAUUCCGGCGUCACGUCGGUCUUGCGUGAGAUUGAAUCGGAAUCCGCCAUUUCCCGCGUCCAAGAGGCCCAGUUCUGGCAAGUCAACUACGGCCUGUGCAUGGCCAACGUCACGGUCAGCGUGGCCAAGGGGUACGACGAGACGGCUCUGUGCAAGCUGCGGAACCGCAUCUCGUCACUCAUCCAGAACCGGCUCGGUGAGGGCUACGGCACGGGGGGCAACAUCCGGUGGGAGGUGACUCUGCAGAUGAAUUCCGAGGGAGGUGCCUGA